AGCAGCUGAAUUGGAGCCAGUCUCACAGAGAUCUGAUGAUGAUGAUCCAAGAAAUGAAAAGGUGUUUGCCUGAAGAGAAAAGGAAUUCCAGCAAGUCCAGCACCAUCAGUGCUCUCAACUACGCCUUGCAGUGUGUCCAGCAGGUCCGAGCAAACAAUGACUUUUUCCAGGCUCUGAAUGACCGAAGAGUGUUUCAGACUGAUGUGGUGACAUACAGCAUAGAAGAGUUGGUGGCAGUUGCAUCUGAACACACUCCAAAAAACACUGACACAUUUGUGGCUGUAUUUUCUUUGCUUUCUGGACGCAUAGUACAUAUUUCUGAGCAGGCAGCAUCUAUCCUAAACUAUAAGAAGAAAGUGUUGGACUCUUCCCGGUUUGUGGAGUUGCUUGUCCCUCAGGAUGUGAGUGUGUUCUACACACACACGGAUCACUCUCACCUGCCACUUUGGAACAUGGAAAGUGAAACAGCUUCUCUGUAUGAAUAUGCCCAGGUGAAAUCCUUUUUCUGCAGGAUCAGGGGUGGUAAAGACCAAGAACAAGAAACACGUUGUUACCCCUUCCGAAUCACCCCAUACUUGGUCCAUGUGUGUACUUCUGUCCAUGUGGAUGCAGAAUCCUGCUGCUUAGCUUUGGCUGAGAAAAUUCACUCUGGAUAUGAAGCUCCUCGAAUUCCUAUGGAUAAAAGAAUCUUCACCACCACUCACACCCCUGGAUGUGUUUUUCUGGACAUAGAUGACAGAGCAGUGCCUUUGUUGGGUUACUUACCUCAAGAUUUAAUUGGAACAUCCAUACUGAUGUAUUUGCACCCGGAAGAUCGUCCUUUGAUGAUUACCGUUCACCGGAAAAUACUGAAAUUUGCUGGCCAACCCCCUUUUGAACAUUUACCUAUUAGAUUCUGUACUCAAAAUGGGGAUUAUGUCAUACUGGAUACCAGCUGGUCCAGUUUUGUGAAUCCUUGGAGCAGGAAAGUAGUGUUCAUCAUUGGCCGACACAAAGUCCGGACAAGCCCUCUGAAUGAAGAUGUCUUUGCUGUAAGAAGUAAAGAAAUGAGCAGCGUGGAGAAAGAAAUAAGAGAAUUGCAAGGACAAAUUUACAAACUGCUUCUGCAGCCAGUUCACAACAAUGUUUCCAGUGGUUAUGGAAGCCUUGGAAGCAGUGGCUCUUAUGAGCACUAUGUCAGCAUAGCUUCUUCAAGUGACUCCAAUGGGAAUUGUGCAGAGGAAAUACAGGAACCAAUGACAUUGCAACAAGUUUGUGCAGAUGUCAACCGAAUAAAGAAUCUGGGACAGCAGCUAUAUAUUGCAUCAAGGAGCAAGCCACAGAAUGGAAAUGAACAGGCUGUGAGCUCAGAAGUGCUAGGAGGGAAGAGGCACACUGCUUCCUGUUUUCUUCAGACAUUGAGAAGUGAUAGCACAGAAGAACCAGGCAACACAUUUUAUGAUGAUCCAAAGAAGACUCCGCAUAUUCCUUCCUAUCAGCAGAUCAAUUGUGUCGAUAGUAUCAUCAGAUAUCUAGAGAGCUGCAGUAUUCCAGCAUUGAAAAGGAAAUGUAAAUCAUCUGCAAAUACAUCAUCAUCAUCUUCAGAAGAUGACAAACAAGUCCAGCAAAGUCAGCAGGAAGUCCAGGCAUUGGAAGAUACUGCUAUGCUGUCAGCAGUUAAGUCCCACACUCCAAUAUCUGCUGAUCUGGAAGAGGCCUUGAAAGACCAGAGAACUGCAGGCAUGGUGGGAGCUCCUCUGGCAGACCUGACCCUGUCCAACAAGGCUCCAAGUGUGGUGUCUGUCACCAGCCAGUGCAGCUACAGCAGCACUAUAGUGCACGUCCCACACCCUGAAUCAGAAGUGACUACAAUGGAGGAUACUGCUGUUGGAAGUGAACAAAUUGAACUGCCUCCUGUAAAUACUCAGAGUCCUGCUAUGUUACCUGAGGACUUAAAGCCAGUUGGGCUAACAAAGGAGACGUUGUCAGCCCACACUCAAAAGGAGGAACAGAACUAUGUUGACAGGUUCCGACAGAGGAUCUUGCUUUCUCCAUUUAGGACUUACUUUCAACAAGGAAGCAGAAGUAACAACAGACAUUCCUGUGGCCAAGGGGAUUCCCCUUCAAAGCAGAUGAGCCCAGCUAGCUGUAAAAAGGGCAGACAUGGAAAAUUGAAGCGCCAGAAACCUCAGAGACAUUCCUCAGAUAGCCAGUCUUCUAGUAAAAAUAGAAAUAAUCUUCCAUGUGAGAAGAGAGCAAUUCAGAAACAGUUGUUCUCUCCCUCAGAAGUGUCCUCUCUGGGCUCCUCCAGUUUGAAUGUCCAUUCUCCUGCGGGGUUUCCUGUCUAUUUGGAUCCACUCUCUAGUUUUCCAGCCUCUUCUGCAGGAGAGGAACUUGCCCUUCACUCAUUACAACCUGAGUCCUUGUCAUCAUCACAACUAUGCUGUAAAGCACAGUCAUGCCCAGCCCUUUAUCCCCCAAGCAUAGGCACAUUUAUGGCUGUAUUUUUUCAGAGUUUCCCCGCGUAUGUUCAGAUGCCUCAAAAUGUCUUUCUUCCUAACCCUCAGUGUGCUUAUCCCCCCUCUUCAUAUCCAUGCACUACACUACCUCCAGCCCCCUCUCCUUGUGCACCAUCACCACUAGCACCACACUGUGUGGAUCAGCCCUUUCCAGCCUCUUUUCACACAUCCAGGGAGGACCAGCAAGAGGGCCAGUGUGACCAGGCCCUCCUGCUGAGCAGCUCACGGAGCAGCUCCCCACUUCAGCUGAAUUUGCUUCAAGAAGAGCUACCAAAGCCCAUGGAACUUUCCGUUAGUGCUGAUGUUAAACCACAUGCAGAAGAUAAAAGUGACAGUGAUCCAGAAGAUAGUGAUAACAGUGCUUCUCAUGAAUUUCCUGACCACAGUCUGUACGAGGACUCCCAGUUGGGUUCAGGUUCAGCAGCAUCAGGCAGUGGAUCAGCUUUAUCUGGUUCUUUAGGCUCUAGCUUCAAUGAGUCUUCUGGUUGUGGCACAGGUAGUGGGAAAAGCAGAAAGUAUUUUGCCGGUAAUUAUUCUUCUGAAACUUCCAAAGAAGAAAGGAAGCAGGAAGCAGAAGAAAAAGAGACAGCUUAUAAAUCGAAACAUGAGUCAGCCUGGGUGAUGAUGGAUCAUACACCUGAGCGAGUUCUAAUGAAUUACCAAAUGCCAAACAGAAUUAAAGAGGAAGUUUUAAAGCAGGAUCUGGAGAAGCUGGCAGUCAUGCGAAAACAGCAGCCUUGGUUUACAGAUGGGCAAAAGCAGGAGCUUGCAGAGGUGCAUACGUGGAUCCGGACCCAGACUGUCCCGCUGCAGAUCAGCACCCAGAACUGUGUUUGUUCUAAACCUGCUGAAAUUCUUGUGUGCAGGAGAAAGUUCCAGGGACAGAAGGAUCCUCAGCCAUGUGUUCCUGAUGCACAGCUAAGACAAAACCUGUGGAACAGAGAGCCUUCUCUUACAGUCUCUGAAGAAAGCACUGUAUCAGGGAAGGCUUUUUCAUUGCUGAGAGAGGGACUGAGGAAAGCGGCAGCUGCAGGUGUCAUCUUCCUGAAUUGACUGUUCAGGUGUGAUAUGCACUGAAGAAAAAGAAAAGAAUCACAGAAACAACUAGGUUGGAAAAGACCCCUGAGAUCAUUGAGUCCAAUCUCUGACUGAACACCACAUUGUCAACUAGACCAUGGCACUGUGUUUUUUGUCCAGUUGUUUCUUGAACACCUCCAGUGACAGUGACUACACCACCUCCCUGGGCAGCCCCUUCCAAUCUUUAACAACCCAUUUUAUGAAGAAAUUCCUCCUGAUCUCGAACCUGAACGUCCCUCAGAAAACCAAACAAGCCAACUACAAACUACAUUGAAUGCAAUUACACUCCAUCUUUUUGCUGAACUCUUGAGCUUCCUCAGCGUUUAUUAGCUCUCAGAGGGCAGUGUUGGAUUCAGGCUGCCUCUGCACCUGUGUAGCAGCACAUCCUGACUGAUAUCUCCUCUUCUACCACAGUCAGAGCUCCAAGGCACUCACUCCAGGCCAUGCGUACUGUUUCUAAGCAGAGAGCACUCGAAAGUGUUAUAGCCACAGAUGCCAAGGAUGGUACUUGAAAGUAAUAAACUGAACUGACCCUUGACAGGAUCAGCAAGGCUCAGGUGAGCUUUUUCACCUCCCAUGAAUACUUCACUUGAAGGGAUAAGAAAGCAGUUUACAGAACACCCACAGUUAAGUAAGUGCCUUCUGCAAUAAAAAUUCCAAAACUGUUUUCCCUUCAGUUGUUUCUGACUUACAAGGCCAAAAAAACCGAAGCUAUUGCAACUUUCUUUAAAAGACAAUUAACCUGGAUUCCUGACUUCUCUCUAGUUUCACAAAGAAAACUGAAGAGUGCAUUUAUCUUACUUUUUUUGAAGACAGCGUGUAGUUUCUUUUUCUGCCAGACACCGAAGCAUAUGCACAAAGGUAGCAGGAACACUAUGCACAACAGCCCAGCUACGGUGAGAAAAAUCCUGAUAAUGUCUGUCUGGAGAUCCUUCCCUAGGAAUUAAACAACAUUCUCUUAAGAGUUUUAACAGAAAAAAAUUCUACUGCCCUUGAAUUAGCCGACAACUUUGUCUCCCACUCUUCUUCUAGCUAAGUCUGCAACACUAGAAAUGCAUAGAAGAAAGGACUCUUGCUUUAAAUGGAAAGUGAACGUAUGUUUCAAAGUAGGUCACAAUUCUUUAGCUCUAUAAGCAGCAUUGUACAAUGACUCACCUGGCCCAGUGAUAGAAAAUGGAAUUGCAAGCGAUGUGGUAGGUAGAGUAGUGACUAAAGUGGGAUUAACUGAAGCAUGUUUGCAAAUGACAUCUUUUUCUGCAGUUCCAGGCUCCAGGAUCUGGUUUGUAGAGCACCUGAAAGACAUUUACAGCAGAACAGGGAAAAGAAAAAAAGCUACAGAAAAAAAAUCCAGUAAAGUGUAAUAGCUGUAGCAUUUAGAUUACAUACUUUGUCCAGUUUUUACAGGAGCCAUUGGGCUGAUCAUUAAAAGUUCCAUAUUGGCAAGUCUGGCAACCUUCAACAGACAAGGACAGGUAAAUUUGUACAAGAUAAACAUUUAAAACACAACAUGUGAAACGUUAUUUUUGCCUGCUUGUACAAUGACUGUAAUCAACAUUCACAUAAUUACUAUUUCAUAAGCUGCUCUGAGUAUGUAAGAUAAGUCUUUCCCUGUGAGCCACGGACCAGUACAGUACUCAGCUACAAAGCCAGGUUAUUUUGGCACAAGAUGCCACAAACCACGUCUAAGUCGGGAGUUCACAGCUUGGUCUUCCUCAUGCCAGUGACAAA